AUGUCGAGACCUGAAUUGGUAGGAACAUCGGAGCUGUUUGUAUUGGGAUUUCCUCCGCCCCCACCUCCGGUAGCUGAGGGCGAGAGCGUUAUUCGACUACCUGGUGGGAGGGUGCCUGUGGUUGAAGCCUCGUCAGAUUGUAGAAGACUAGCUAAUGAAUCUGUGGAUGAGGGUUGGCUUGUUGAUAGUGGUGUUUUGGAGGCUGAAUCGAUGGAUGCGGACGCAAGUGUAGAGAUUUGGGAUGAUAUGCUUGCUGAAAGAGAAACUAGAGAUGGUGACACGGAAGACGUAACCAGUGUUCCUGGUGAAAACUUCGGAGUUGGUGACGCUGCCGGUGGAGUCGUUGGAGGAGUGACUGAAGGAGGGGUGUUACUACUUGGAGAAAGAAGAAGUACAGGUAAUGGAGUUGUGGGUACUGGCAAGGUCGAUAUGGACGUCGUUGGGAUUAAGGGUACCGGCGAUGUGGAAAGAGAUGGAGCAAAUGUCACGACGGCGAGCGAGGAGGUUGUUGGGACCAUCGAUAAUAUCGGGACAGUUGAUAAUAUCGGGACAGUCGAUAAUGUUGGGAGAAUCGAUAUACUCAGCGAUGGUGUUAUAACCGAAGAUCCUGGGACUCCUGCAACACUUGGGUUGGAAGAUGUGGAUACGAGGACCGGUAUUGAAGACGUGGGACUGAUAAUGAUUACUGGCGGCGGAGAUAUCGGGGCUCCUGAGCUAACUAAACUGGAAGAACUUGAAAGCGUGGAGCCGAGAAUUAAUGUACUCGACGAGGACAGUGCAGGAAGCGACGAACUGGUCGAUGGAGACACAAGUAAGACUGGUGGUGGUGAGGAUGAGCUUAGAGGAGAGAGUGUGCUGCUCGGACUCGACGUGCUCGGCAAAUAUAUUGAAGUAGGCGAAUUGGUCGGCGGUGUGACCACUACGAUUGGCGAUGCUGGUGAGGAGCUGGUGCUCACAACAGGCAGGCUUGAACUAGAGCUUGGGGUGCUGCUUGGAGGGGCUGUAAUCGGAAUUGAGCUAUUCGAUGAGAUAGUAAUCCCGCAUCCUCCUAUGGAGGCAAAUAUAGUCGUACAGUUGAUGAUCGGCUCUGGUCCACCGCUCGGAUCUACAGUCCCAGUGAAGAAUCCCCCUAUCGAGGCUAUUGCUGCUCCGACGUUUCCUGCAGGCGGGAUAGUGGUGCAUACAACUUCUGGGCUGAGGCAGGAGUUGGUGCUAAUGGGGAUGCUAGAGGUGGGAGUGGAAUUCGAGGAGCUAAUCGUCCUGAUUGGAAAACUGGAAGAAUUGGACGAGAGUGUAACUCCACAUCCAGGUAUGGUAAAGAAAGAAGUCGCACAGUCUGUUGCCAGUUGUCUUCUUCCAAUCACCUGGGACGUUGUACAAGAUACUGCGCUCGAGAUGCAAGAUGGCAAGCUGCUCGUUGGCGUUAUUAUCGGGGUUGAGAUGGGAGAUGUUGAAUUAACACCACAGCCUGGGAUGGAAAAGAAUGAUGUUGCACAAUCUGUCGGGGCCUGUCUCUUGAAGAGGGUGUCUGGGCAAGAAACUGUGCUUGUUAUGCAAGGUGGAAGACUGGUUGGUAUUGUAGGGUAA